AUGGCCGAUCCCCAGCCGCCUUCGCGCGGCACGACUCCUGGCCUAACAGCUGGAGUCAAGCGUCCGUUCGAUGAGGACCAUGUUCCCGCAGUUCCUUCGCCGCUCAAUCCCGAUCCAGCGGCCCGCCCGCGCCCUCCCAAAGCUCCGCAGCGCGAGCAGCGCGAGAAGCGCGAUUCGUUGAAGAAGCGGGAGGCCCAGGCCAGCUCACGUGGGAGCACGCCGGACAUCAAGGUGAAAAAGAACAAGCUGCCCUCGGCCCCCGCCCCGCUCAACUACAUAGUCGAGACGGAAAACCUCAAGCCUCAAGAUUUCGAAGCUCCAAAGGAUCCUGCCUUCAUCUCCCACGAGCCGCCGCUGCUCACCCCAGACGGCCAGCUCGAGCUCAAGAGACCAUUGGACCAUGCAUCCAACCGCAAGCAGUUCCGUUACUAUCCUUGCGUAGCCGACCCUCUGUUCCGCCACAAACAGUACUUUCGCCAGACCGACACCAAGCCCUUUGCACCUCGUCUCAGCUUUGAGGAUAGCGACAAAUGGAUCCAUUUUGACGACUCCGCGACAGUCUUCACCAAUGAGCGUGGUUGGCGCAUGAGCCGAGCCAAUGUCGUUGCCCGUGAAGGCCGCUACUACUACGAGGUUAAGAUUAUUCGCGGCGUCCCCAGCGAGGGCCCGCCUGUACCAAAGGGGCAAGAAGGAAACCCACAACCACACAUUCGCAUGGGCUGGGCCCGCCGUGAAGCUCCACUGGAUGCGCCACCUGGCUUUGACGGUUACAGCUAUGGCGUGAAGGACAUUGGCUUCGAGACCAUGCACAAAUCGCGCCCUGGCAAAUUGUACCACGCCGCUCCAAAGGGAUCCAAGGCACCCAAGACACCGGCGGGAAGGCCCCAGGUUGAGUUUGUCGAGGAGGACCACAUUCGCGAAGGUGAUGUGAUUGGCAUGGAAAUCGUCCUACCCUCUAUAUCGCUUCAUCGGAAGGUCGUCGAAGGCAUCUACAACCCCGCUGUUGACGUAAGCGAUGGAUUUGACGAUCCGAUUGAAGGAGCCCACGACAUCAUCCGUGACCGCAUCGCUGUCCCUUUCAAGGGUAACAACUGGUUUGAGGUGAACGAAUAUCAGACGACCAAGCCCAUGGAGAGCUAUGCAGACCGAGGCACGUUCAAUUCAGUGACCCCCAGCCCGAAUCACAAUGAAGUCCCGCUGAGGUCCCUACCACACUCCGCAAUCAGGGUGUAUCGGAACGGUAAGCUCAUCGGAAAUGCUUUCGAAGGCCUCAUGUCGUUCCUGCCUCCCGCCUCGUCGCCGGUGCCUUCAUCCAACCCUCUAGUCAGAGCCGGGCUAGAUGACGGUAUGCUGGGUUACUUUCCGGCUGUUGCCGCCUUUUGCGGGGGGAUUGCCCAGGUAAACUUCGGACCUAAUUUCUGGUGUCCACCACCCGGCCUCGAGGACGUCGAUAUGGGCGGAAGCGACGGUUCCAUGCCAGAAGGGAGGAAACUGCGACCGAUCGGGCACAGAUACAAAGAGCAAAUCGCGGAGGAUAUUGUCUGGGAUAUCAUUGACGAUGUUGGCUUCUACGUUGCAAAUCCCGGAGACGACCAGAACAGCAGUCGCACGGGCGCAAUACAAGCACCACCGGCGGCGCGUGGCAUUGCAAACCUGAAGGAGGACGACGGCUUCUAG